AUUCUGCGUAGCCUACAUUAAAUUCAGCACGUUAUUUCCGAUAUUGCGCACUUUAAAGCAGAGCUGAAGAGCUUCUCUCUGUUACAUAGAUUUUUAUAUUGCAUCGUUUGUUCUAGAAAAUAUGUUCUAUUAUUAAAAGUUGUAUUAUUUAACGUUACAUGAACAUUUGACGUACAUGUAAAUGUAUACUUUUACGAGAUAUCCUUGAAUUCUAUCAAUAUUCUGUUAUAGCUUUUAUUGACCGUGAUAUCCAAAACACGAAAAUAAUGGAUCCCAAUAAUCCAGGGAUGUCGCAAUUAGACCAUUUAUUGGCAAAACAUCAGCAAAUGCAAGAAAGAUCAGCCUUGAAAGCAUCAGUACCAGUAUCUAAUCCACAAAUUAAUGUUUCUAAUAUAAAUACUCAUUUAUAUAAUAAUGGUAACUAUAAUCCUUAUGGAAUAAAUCCCAAUGCAUAUAGUAUCAAUGGUCAUGUGACAGGGUUUGUUCAGAAUGGUCAGAAUUCUUCUAAUUAUAUGCAUACUGGUUUAAUACCAAAUACUUACUAUCCCAAUGGGUUCCUUUCUACUGGCUACAAUAUUAAUGAUACAUUAAAUACAACAGUUGCUAAUAAUCUAGUUAUGCAGAAUACAUAUCGAAACAUGCUCCUAAUGAAUAGUGCAGCAGCUAAUGGUUACAUGCCAAAUUAUUAUAUUCCGAAUGGGCAUCCAAUGAGUGCAUAUAUGACUCCACAGAUGAUACACUCAAGUACUGGACAAGUAAUUAAUAAUCAAAUGUUGCAUCAUAUUCAACAACAACAACAACAACAAUCUUCUGCAAAUCUUAUGGCUCAACAGUUAUUAAUGUCAAAUCAAAUACCUCAACAAGUCAUUGUUCCAAGUGGACAUAUUGCUAAUAAUCAAGUUUAUCAUCAGGUGCCAUACACAUCUACAAAUAAUCUUGUUCAAAACAUACAUCAACAGAUAUUGAAUUCUAAUAGUCAUUUGGCCAGUAGCUCUACAUCUCAGAUAGCAUUGACUCAACCAACAAGUAAUAAAGUUUAUGUUAAUCCUUAUUAUACCCAAAGAAAAGCUACAAUUCAUGUUAACCCACAUGUUCAAGUGAAGACUCCUAUUCAUAUAAAUCCAAAAGUAUUACAAAAUACUGGUGGUUAUCCAAAUCAACAAGAAGUCUCUAAAAAUAUUUCAAAAGAAAUUCAAUUAAAACUGUUAACAAUGUUACCAUCUAAUAAGCCUGAAAAUAGUACAAGUGUUCCUGAAGUUUCAUCUACACCCAAAGAAGAAAUCAAAUCUGAAGAAAAUAUAACUUCAUCUGAAGCUGACACAACUGAAAAAAUUCCAACUUCAAGUCCAUCUUUGGUUGUAGAACCAAAAUUAUCCGAUUCUUCAAGUUAUAUAGUUAAAUCUAAAACAAAAAUUAUUAAAAACAAUGCAUCAGUAGAAAAAAGUGCUAAUUCUAGUUUUAUAACUCUAUCAAAGCAAAAAAUAGUGAGAAUCAAAAAGAAACCUAGAACUUCUUCGAUAACUCUGGUUUCAGAAAAAGUUCAUCCAAGUGUUAACAAAAGUUAUAUUAAAAAAAUUACUCCAUUUCCUAAGAGCAUUAACAUGAAAAGAAACUUGAGCAAUUUGCAUGGAUUGGUUUCAAUUGAUGGAGUCAUGUACAAAAAAAGUAGGAAUAAAUUAGUACGUAGCAAUUCAUCUGUCUGUACACCUAAACGAAAACGUAGCUUAACUGGACAGUAUUAUAUAGCUAAAAAUGGCAAAAAAUUAUUAAAAUUAGAUUCUAAUGCAAAAAAAAUGAAAGCUUCUCCAGUCAAAUUGAAUGUGUCAUCCAGCUUUAUUUCUCCAAAUAAAAUCAGUAAAAAUUAUGCAAGUAACAAGGUCAAACAAAGAAGCCUUCUGAUUUUGCGAAAUAAAAUGCGCAAAAACAAUCAGCCUUGCUUAUUUUUUCAAAGGUUUGGAUAUUGCAAGAAACAAGUAACAGGUUCAUGUACUAAGGUGCAUAAUAAAAAACAAGUUGCAGUUUGUCAAAAUUUUCUUCAAGGAAAAUGUUUAAAAAGUGACUGUUUACUUUCACAUGAUGUUGGUCCUGAAAAAAUGCCUACAUGCAGAUUCUUCCUAGAAGGUUGCUGCAAUAGAGAUUCAUGUCCAUAUUCACAUGUUAAACAAUCAUCCAAAAGUGCCAUAUGUGUUGAUUUUUUACAAGGAUUUUGUUCACUGGGUAAUGAGUGCCAGAAGCGUCAUGAGUUCUUAUGCCCAGAGUUUGAUAAGAGCGGAAGCUGUACUAAAGGUAAGUGUCCAUAUCCUCACAAAUCAAAAGUUUCCGGGUCUAAAAAAGUUGCGCGGAAAAAAUGUAAAACUCCUAUUAAAUCUAACAAUGUAAACGCUCUCGAGAGCGAGUCAAAAAAACGCUAUUAUGAAGAAGCUAGUGAAGACUUGGAAGAGAAAAAAAAUAAAAUUAUGAAACAAGUACAAAUCAUAAAGGAUGCACACUUAGCAACAAUGAGUGCAGAUGCUGAUAGUGAAAAUUCAACAAUUGAUCAAUCUAAAUUAAACGACGCAGAAGAUUUGUCACCUGAUUCUGAUGUAAAUACCUCAAGCGAAAGAGCGCAAAGACCACCUAUUGGUGAUCUUCCUUCUUAUAUACCUAUUGAUUGACAUUUAGUGAAUUGUGCUCCUUGUUUUAUAGUGAUUUUUAGCAUCAUGGUAAAAUUACUUUGGCAACUUAAUAUUCUAUUAAUUUUGCUUUACAACUGUGAUAUUUUUUCAUUGUCUAUUUUUAGUACUUAGAGUAUAUUUUAGAUGGGUUUUUUGCAAAAAGAAAAAAAAAUAUGCAAUAAAUUUAUAAAUUUCAAUGUAUAUAAAAAUA